UGAAAGUGAAUAAAAAUUUUCAUUACCAAAAUCUCUAAUUUCUAUAUUUGUGUGCGUUUGUAAAUUUUGCUUUUCCAAAUUCUACACAUUCAAAGAGCACAGUUGCAAAUUUAGAGGUGUCUAAAUUAAUUUUUAAUGAAUUUGUGGAAGGAAACAGUCGAGUGAUAAAGCCUAAAAUUAAUAAAUGUGAUUAGAAAAAGAAAAUAAAUAAAAAUUUUAAAUAAAUUCACCGUUAAAUUUUUAAACAACUAACCACGCUCAGCCCGCAGACAUGCCGGUUAGCUUGAAGAGGCGCACCAAGAAACGCACUAAAAAAACCGUUUCAUAUGCGAAAUUCCAAAAAUUAUUAGUGGCGCGCCCAGAUGUACUGCACGGCUAUUUACGGCAUGACGACAUAAACCGUUAUCUGGAAUAUCUAAAGAAUCGCUACAGUUUCGUGCAAAUACAUGUGCUCGGCAUGUCACACGAACGUCGUCAGCUGAAAGCGAUUGAAAUCGACUGGAAUUGUGAAAAGAACUUGGAGGCCAUAGAAAGGGAGCGUGCACGUCGAGCACUUUUGAAUAGAACGACACUGACGACAACACCUCUACCACAACCCAGCGUAUGCACAGAACCGCGGGGACGCAAUACCGUCUUCAUUGAGGGUGGCACACAUGCGCGCGAAUGGAUCACCGUGGCGGUGGCAUUGAAUUGCAUUUACCAAUUAACCGAAAAACAUAUGCGUAAUUAUGAGUUGCUGCGUAAAUUGCGUUUCAUCAUUGUGCCGCUUGCAAAUCCAGAUGGCUACGAGUAUACGUUUGUGAAGAGUCGACGUUGGCGCAAAAAUCGACGGCCCAUUAAGCAUUCCCGUCACAUUGGCACCGAUUGUAAUCGUAAUUAUGAUUUCCACUGGGAAGAUGGACCGUCAAAGAGUGGUCGUAAUACGUUCAAGGGUGUGAAACCGUUCUCGGAACCAGAGACACGCGCCAUGCGCAAUAUUCUGCUUAAACAGAAGGAUAGCCUUUUAUUCUUUUUGUCAUUGCACUCAUAUGCCGAGAGUAUCAUGUAUCCGUGGGGUUAUAGCAAAGAUCUACCUGAGUCGUGGCAGAAACUAGAGAAAUUAGCAUUAGCUGGACGCAAUGCCAUAAAAUCGUACAAUGGACGACAUUAUCGGGUCGGCAGCAUAGCCAAAUUAACUAAACGCCGCAUAUCCGGUUCGAUUGUUGACUAUGUCUUCGGUGUAAUAAAUGUACCGUUGGCCUUGGUGAUGGAAUUGCCAUCGCAUGCUUUGGGCUUUCAACCGCCAGCAGAGGCCAUCAGUCCCAUCGGCCAUGAGAGUUGGUUUGGCAUAAGAGAGAUGUGCAAAACGGCUUAUGAUCUAGAGCCGCCAUUUCCGGGCUUAGAAGAAACGGUACACAAUGGCAAGCUAUUUGUUAAUGCUGUUAAGUCAACGCUGCAGCAGGCAACGGCAACAACAACAGUUAAUAAACCACCAACUUACAAUGCUCUGAUGUCCGCAAUGAAAUCUGGGGAUUUGGUAAAGCAGCGCCAUGGGCCGCCCAAGUGUUAAACAAAUUGGUGCUCUAAAUAAAAUAAUUUGUAAUUCAUCAUUAUUUCGAUAAGACAUUAAAAUUUGCAAAUAAUGUGGAAAUGCAA